GCCCGGCAACCCCAGAGCCAAACACCCAGAGCUAGCAAGCUACCUGCAUCCUACACUCCUCCCUAGCACACCAUUCUGCUCGAUCUCCCACGUCGUCCACUCCAUUCCCAUCCCUUCCCUACCUCCAUCUCCUCGCCGGCGAUCUCUCUCUCUCUCUCUCUCUCUCUCUCUCUCUCUGUCUCCGUCGAGCAAGGCAGCUGACAGCCUUCCGCCCCCAGGACGUGCAUUGCUCGGCCGCAGCGCGGAGUACUGUUCGGUGAUACAUAUAUAUAAACACGCCGGCGCGGGGGAAGAAAGCGCGCGCGAGUUCUUUUCGUGUGAUUUUGCGGAGGGAUCGAACGAGCAUUAGCUUAUUGGAAGAUGGUGAACACGAAGUGCGUCGAGCCGGCGGUCCAGGGCGGCGGCCUCCCGCUGGCGGCGCUGAACCACAUCUCGGUCGUGUGCCGGUCGCUCGACAGCUCCCAGCGCUUCUACCGCGACGUCCUCGGCUUCAUCCCCAUCCGCCGCCCGGGAUCCUUCGACUUCGACGGCGCAUGGCUGUUCAACUAUGGCAUCGGCAUCCAUCUCCUGCAGGCGGAGGACCCGGAGAGCAUGCCACCGAAGAAGACGGAGAUCAACCCAAAGGACAACCACAUCUCCUUCCAGUGUGAGAGCAUGGAGGCGGUGCAGCGGCGGCUCAAGGAGCUGGGCGUCCGGUACGUGCAGCGGCGCGUGGAGGAGGGCGGCAUCUACGUGGACCAGCUCUUCUUCCACGACCCCGACGGCUUCAUGGUCGAGGUCUGCACCUGCGACAAGCUCCCCGUCGUGCCCCUCGUCCCCGUCGAGGGCAACGCCAUCCUCGGCCUGCCGCCGCCACCGGCCGCGGCCUGCAAGAGGCCAUCGUACUUCAAGCCGCCGCCGCAGCAGCAGCAGCAACCACCGCUUCCUUCCCCAACGGCGGCGGCGCCUCAGUUCGUGCCGGCGAAGGCCAGCGGCGGCGCCUGUUGCGUUGGCGAGGUCGAGGCGAUGAGGUCCUGCCCGGAGCACGAGUGCAUGCAGGUCUGAUCGGUCAACUCGCCGUCGCCGAGAUGGCCAGAACACGCCGGCAUGCAUUUUGGAGAGAGAUCCAGCGAAGAAUUUUUGUUGCCUUGCUUCCUUCAAUCCGUCGACCAUGAAGAAGUUGUAUGUACCGGGCGUCUUGCCCGAUCCCGAUCCGUUUCAAGUUGAUUUUUAGUUUUUUGUUCGAUGUCGAGUGUGCUCUGAUGAACUGUCGCAGAGCUGCAGCUAAGUAUUCUCUUUUUUUAUUAUCUUUUUCGGAGGUCGAUCCACCGGUCGAUCUGCUGCGGCUAGCUAGCUGCUGCAUGGACCUUGUAACACUGCACAUAUGUUGUAAUCUAUGUAUUAUAUAUGUUAUAUAUCCAUGAUCCAUCCAUAUGCAACUA